GGAGGAAACAAAGACGUACAUGGAGCCUAGAUUUGCCAGCACGUAAUGGUACAGAUCCGAUGCAGUGUGCCCGAACUUGAUGCUGUACGCACAAUGGACCAGAUGCACCACGAUCCAACCAACCAACGCGUCCACGUCGUCCGCGGCCGAGGAAGGUUGUUGGGCGAAGUGACCUGCGAUGGCCGCCAUGUCCUCGCGCAACGAGUCAUUCGCUUUGAGCUGCUCGGCGGCGUCCUUCGCCGUUUGAAAGAGCCACACGUGGUCAAGGACCCACACGUCGGCUUCGGGGACAAGCGCCUCCGUCGCCACCACCACAGCAUUAUCCUGCAUAGUCCACGGCGCAGAGAAUUCCUUCUCUAUAACCUUACGCAUCGCCUCCUCCCGAAGAUGAACCGGCACAGCAUAGUGGUUCAGCUGGGCUUCAUGGCGGCUUAGUAUAUCGUCGUCCAUCGUUCAAAGCUGGUGUUGGCGCGUCGAAAAGUUGUUGGCGUUGGAAAAAGUGACAUGCGUUAUCCGGAAUUGGUACUUUUUUUCCGGAUGAGUUGAUUACAACAACACCUUGCGGUUCACAAGCAUGGCUGCUGACCUAUCGCACGUGCUGACGACCAGCGGCGAGUUCGGUGCGUCCUACACGCAGCGCGACCUGUUGAUAUAUGCGCUUGGGAUCGGAUGUGGUCACUACCCACAUGGAGAGCGGGACAAAUACGUCGACGCCAAGUUCACGACGGAACUGCGCGACCAGUUCGCCGCCUUCCCGCUCUACCCGGUGGUGCUUCUCUUCAAAGGCACGUCGCAGGACACGGUGGCGUACCCACCACCAAACCUGUCGUGGUUUCCUGAUGGCAUUCCGUCGUUCAACCCUGCCGGCACUCUGCAUGCUGAACAAAGCAUCGAAAUCCACCGGCCGCUACCGUCCACGGGCGCGGCCGUGACGUGCCACCGCCGCGUGGUCUCUUUCCAUCCAAAGGGCGCGACUUCGGCGCUGCUCGAAACCGAGUACAAGCUCGUCGACGAGAGCACUCGCGUUCCCCUUUGUACGAUCGUCAUGAGCUCGUUUCUCCGAGGUCUCGAGUCGCGCUUCACCGGCGUCGGCCCGAAAGCUUCCAAGAAACCUUCCAUGCCCCAUCGCAAGCCUGACGCGUCCUUAGCUCUACCCACGUGGCCUUCCCAAGCGUUUUUCUACCGUCUUUCGGGAGAUUACAACCCGCUGCACUGCGACCCCGACAUGGCACAGGCCCUCGGGUUCCAGGAACCCAUCCUGCAUGGCUUGUGCAGCAUGGGCGUCGCCGCGCGCGCCCUCUUGCAUCUCUGUUGCGACAACGAUCCAACUGCGUUUCGCAAGAUGAGUGUACGCAUGACCAAACCGUGCAUUCCCGGGGAAACGCUUGAAACAAGCGUGUGGCGAGUGGAGGGUGCGCCGAUGGUGCACUUUCAGACGCGCGUGGUGGAACGAGAUGUGGUUGUCCUCGAUGGCGGCGAGUUUACGUUUGGACCUAGCGCCCGCUUGUAGGGCAACGCAUGUCGGUUGGAAGUGGAUGAACGAGGAAUUUCGACGAACUGUGGACAAGACUCGCGUAGGCACGUGGUUCAGAUAAUAUACGUUGUAAGGUUAGUCAUAUGCA